GUCAAACGUAUAAAUUCAGUACGGAACUUGUUUCUGUCUUUAGAUAUCCUCCUAUAUCCUAUUCAGCCUUCAUUUUUAUUGGUAUAAACAACUCGAGAUUUGGUUGGUAUAGUUUCACAUCAUAUUUAAUUGUUUCGAAAUUAUAAUUUUUUUAAAGUGAAUGUUAUUACGUCAAUAUUUCAAAACUAGUAUUUCGAUCUCGUAGUGAUUCAAUUUCAUGUCAAGUUUUUAAAAUCAAGUAAUUAUGGUUUGCAAAAAUUCAUUCCCGACAACUGUAAAUAUAGUUUGUAAGAUUUGGACGUUUUGUGAAACGUUUUCAUAAAUAUCUAUUCAAAACUUGCUCGUAUUUCAAGCAAGUGUCUUUACUAUUUCAUAUCCUGCUUAAUAUUUCAAAAAAUAUCAGUAUUUUUUUCCCCUUUGUAUCUAUUAUUCCGAAUAAACAAGAUGUCCACUAAGGAAGAUCGUUCGAUAAGUUCUGCCAUUUCUUUUCCUCAGUGGAUGAAAAAUAAGAGUACUAGAUUCGAAUUGGAUCCAAGUGCGUUUUCACCUACAGAACUAGAUGAUAAUUUUAUGCUGUAUUACAGAAAACCUAAAGUAGAAGAACCAAAGAUACCCGAAACCACAAUCAUAGCUACCAAUUUGCCGGAAAAUAUAACUGUAGCGACUGUAACUAAAAAGAAAGCUGAUUUUUCGCAACAAUCCGUUUCUUGCCAAAAUUUUCUUCCUGAUAAUCAAGUUUCAGAGUUAACGGCUGUUACUAGGCAAAAUAACUCUGAAAUGAAAAUCAAACCUUUGAUAAUUGUCGACGAAGGUUCGGAUGAAGAAGCUGCCGCCAAAUGCGGCAGUUCCAUUAUUAAAGUAGCUUCCGAGAUGAUUUCCAUUCAAGGUUUAGGACUGAGACCUUGCGAACAGGAAGCGGUUAAAUAUAACGGAAGGCAGAGGAGAAAUAGCAAAUCGUUACCGGCGUCCCCUUUGGCGUCGCCUAAUACUAGUCCCAAGGCUAACAGAAAAAUGAAUAAAUAUUUUACGGGGGCGUUUACGGACGUCGAUAAACCGAAGGGCGGUUGGAUAUUAUCGAAUUUGUUAGCGAAACGCGAACUUUGCCAAUCAGCGGAUCAAAUAAAAGAGGAAGUUCGAGAAGAUUUGGAAAGGGCGUCGUCUACUUACAGUAUCAAAGAAUCGAAAACUCCUCCUGUACUUCGAGCUAAACCUUCCGAAUUGAGAGAAAUGAACUUUUGGUCUCCCACUUCGAUGUAAUUCUCAUUUUUUAGGUAUUAGUAGUUUAAGUGAAAAAAAAGAAUUAGUGUUUGCAUGAUUGUUUUUAUUUAAUUUUUUUUCUAUUCCCAAAUAUAUUUUUCAUUGAAUAUAAUAAUUUUUACGGUUACGGAUUAGGGUUGACAAAUUCUGGUCGAACAGAACUUUGGUAAAAAUUCGCAAAAUUAUUUUUCUAUAAAUAUUUUUGAUAACAAAAUUAAGAAUUUUAAUAUAUUUUUUCAUAUUUUGUUACCCUACAGGAUCAAAAAUUAUACGAAUUCAUAAAUUUUGACAUAUACACUGUGAUUUUGUAUAAUUUUAUUGUUUUCUUGGUAUUUUGUUAGUAUUUCAUUUUGAUAUUAUGCAGGAUAUUUCUAAAAAACACUGUAUAUAUAAAUAAAUUUGUUCUUAUUAAGAUUUUCGAUUAGUAAAAUAAAAUUAUGUUGUUUAA